AUGAAACUUUUUAUUCUUCUCCUACUAGUCCCGCUAGCCUUCUCAAGGCCCCAUGAUAAGGGCCUUUUUCGCCGUGGUGGACCCUUAGGCAAAGUGUACGAAGAACUCAACGAUGAACAAAAACAAGAAUACAAACAGAUGUGGAAAGAAAAUCACGACAAGCCACGGAAAGCGCUAAAAGAAGCUGUCGACAAGUUUGUAGCCAAAUUGACCAAAGAACAACAGGCCGAAGUGGAGAAGUCAAAGGCCAAAUGGGACAAAAUGAAGAAUAGUGACGAUGAAAAGUCAAAAACGUUGAGCAAAGAAGCCAAAACGUUGUACGAUGACGCUAAGAAGAUCAUGAACAAUGAAGAUUUGACUUUCAAAGAAAGCUUCAAGGCUGUGAACGAACUGAUUCGUGCUGCCAAGCCUGAAGUUGUUCAAGAGUUUAAGGAUAAACACAUCAGAAUCCCGGGCGGAAGACCAUUCCAUGGUGGACCAUUGUCUUCAGUCUACAAAGAACUGGAUGAGAAACAACAGAAAGCUUUGGGAGAUUUGUUGGACAAGAAUGCUGAUAAACCAAAGAAGGAGAGCAAGAAGGCUUUGGAUGAGUUUGUGAAGACAUUGCCUGAAGGCAUACAGAAGAAGUACGCUGAAGCUGAAAAAGAACGUCAAGAACACAAGAAGGAAAAUGAGAAAAAUGCUGAAAAAUUGAGCCCUAAGGCUAAGGAGUUGUUCAAAAAGAUUCAGGUGUGUUAUUUUUUUCAAAUUUAGAAUUAUUUUUGACAUUUAAAUUUAAAAAAAUUUUAAAAAGUUUUAACUAAAAUUAAAAAAAUUUUUUUAGGAAAUCAAAAACAGUGACGACCUGACCCGCUCUCAAGUUCAUGAACAAGUUCACGAAACAAUCAUGGACGCCGACCGCAAACUUUUGUCUGAGUUCCGUGAGAAGAAGGUGCAUCUUUUCGACUUGGGACCACAUCUUGGCGGAAAACGACCACCACCAUCUUCAAGCGAAUCUGACACUGAUUCUGAGGAAAAGAGCGGAGAAUCGUCUGAUUAA